AACGACCAAAUUUCUCACGGGAUGGCGGCGGCGACCGAAGCCGACGAGCAUGCCUUUCAGCUCGACCGCUUUCUCAGAUACACCUUUCGCCUCCCAUUGGCGACGGCGCCCGACAGGCUCAGCCUCGCCAACUUGAGCGCCCACCUCGGCGCUCGCCUUGCGGCAGCAGACUCGGCCGACGAGGACGAUUUGGACGACGUGUUCGAGUACGCACGCAUGGGCAUGCCGGAUCCGGGGGCGUCGGCUCCGUCAUCGUCAUCCACGUCGAGUUCAAAGCCGAACGCAUCGCAAAGUGAUGCCGCCGCCGCGCUGGCUGCCGCCGCCGCAGCUACCGAAUCCCACGCUCAUACCCUCGGUGGCCUGCACGUCCCAGGGCUCGACCUUCAGACGCUCGCUCGUGACGGUGCCGUCUUGGUUGACCGCAUCUGCCCGCGUCGUGAUGAGGCACGUGGUAAGCUCGGCGGCAGUAUCGCCGGGCUGAUGGUUACGCUAGGCGACACGUCGUGCAAGCUCGAGGAGGUGCUGGGUGGCUUCCGCAUCGAGUCGGCCAUCAACUUUGCAUCUGUGGUCGGGACCACGGCGGUCUUUGCCUCCAAGUGGAUGUACGAGGUGGUGCUCGAGACCGAGGGCGUGAUGCAGAUCGGGUGGGCAACCAUGGGCUGCAAGUUUACCACCGAAGAGGGCGUCGGUGACUCGCCAGACUCGUACGCCUACGACGGCUCGCGGGUCCGCAAGUGGAACUGUGCCUCAUACGAGUACGGCGAGCGGUGGAAGGCCGGAGAUGUCAUCGGCGUCGCCAUCGACCUCGACGACGGCACCAUCUCGUUCUACCGCAACGGCCUCGACCUGGGUGUCGCCUUUACUGACGUCGCUUUUGCCGCUCCGGGCAUGGCCUACUUUCCGUCUGUCUCACUCUCACGCCACGAGCGGGUGUGGGUCAACUUGGGCGCCUCGCCGUUCCGGUUUGCCGUGCCAGGCUACGCCCCGCUCUCGCAGCCUCCGCCGCCGCUUGCGACAGCGCAGAGCGCGUAUCUGUGCGGCGCACUCAAGCGGGCCGUCCCUUACUUUGCGUCGGGCAACCUCGCAUCGCCACUCUCGGCCGCAAGCGCGGACAACAGCGCCACUUUUGCCGCCAUCGAACAGAUGGUGGUCGGGACGCGGAUCUUCCAGUCACUUGUCCCGCUUCUGGCCUCACCUUAUCUAGUCGGCUCUCACUUUCUCCCGCUUCUUCUUUACCUCAACUCGCGGCCAGAGCGCAAUCUGAUUGCGUCGCUGGUAGCCUGUAUGGAGCGGGUGUGUGAGAGCCACGAGCUCACUGCCAUUGCCGGGCGGGUCAUGGAGCGACUUGGCCAUCUAGCGGCAUCGACUGCGAUCUCGCCGCGGUGCUCCAGUGGACCGCUGGUGAUUGUCCGACUGGCAAACGCACUGGUGGCCCAGCCGGCCUGGCGGCGCAGCUGGCUGCAAACACAGUCAUUUUCGAACUCUCUCGAGUUUCUUUUUGCUCUCAAGCAUCCAUCCGAGGAAGAGCUCGCGGUUCUUCUUCCGCACGUGUGGUGGGAGCGGGCGGGAAGUCACCUCAGCAAUGCCGGCUUUGACGCCUCUGCGGUCUUCUCGGCCGAGAAGCACGCAUCGGCUGUUGCCGAGCUCGGCGGUGCACUGGGCUCCAUCGAGCGUGCACAGCAUGCGCUGCUCAGUCUUCUUCUCGAGGUCGAGCCCGAGGCGACAACGUCCUGGCUCGCCGAGCUCGUCUACCGCAACCGCGGCGUGUCGCGCAACCUCAAGCCGAUGGGCCUCUCGAUGCGCUCGGCGCUUAUCAACAUCUUCUUUGCGCUGGCAGACAUUGUGUUUCCGGACGGGCCGCAGUCGGCGGCUGCUGCUGCAGCCAGCUUUCCGCUGCACUACUUUGUGCGCGACGACGCAAACGACGCGCAUGGCAUGAUUGUGCCCGACGUCGACCGUGUGUCAGGCAUGAUCUCACAUCUCCGCAAAGCCGUGCCUGCUCCUGACGACGAGUGCGACGCUGAUGUCGCAGCCUCGUUGGGGAUCCGGUCUGCGCUCCUGCUCGACGCCCUCGUCCUGCUCUACGUCGACGGGUUGGCACUGCAGGCCAAGGCCUCGCUUAUCGAGACCCAAGAGCUCCGGCAGGCGCUGCUAGACCUGGACGACAAGCUCGCGCUGCGGCUGGCGCGGUCACUUGGCGCGUCACCGAGCAGACUUUUCCACGCCAUUGAGGCUGCAGCACGCAAGGUCUCAUGGUCGUCUCUGGUCGUCCACACCAAGGCCAAGUCGGUCGCCAUCUUUGCGUUUCACCACUUUCUGGCCUCGCUCCUCGAGCGAGCGUCGCCGGCGGCGAUAGCGGUCGCGCACAACGCCGCGGCAGCCAAGGACGAUGAGCCCGGCUCGGGAUGGCCGCCGCCGUCGUGGGAGCUCGCCUACCUGCCGGCGCUCUACCUUGAUGCUGCAGUCGAUGCGUUUCACCUCCUCCGCCGUGCCAUCGAGCCGUAUCCGCUGGUCGAGACUGGUCACCAGUGUCUGGUGUUUCUGCAGUGGACGGUGGCGCACUUUUCGGACCGCCGGAUUCACAACCCAGACCUUCGCGACCUGCUGCUGCAGUCGCUCUCGCUCCUCCUGCAGUACGAGGAGUUUGUCGAGUUGCUGGAGAGCGACCUGUUCACAGCAUCGUAUCUUGUGCCGCGGCUACUCGCGGCGUACGAUGACCGGUUCUGGGUCACGGUGACCAUCACCACCAUGCUUCUGCGCAUCUUCAAGGGCACCGGAUUUGGUUCGCGUGCGCUUCGCAAGCGCGGCAAGCGGAGCACGCCGCGGUACCGGCUGCCAGAUCCUCAGGCCAACGUGGCAUCGCCGCUGUUCCAGGCUGCAUUUGUGGCGUCAUACCUCAAUGCACCAGACCUGUUGUCGCUCUUUGUCAACACGGCGUUUAACUCGCUCAACUGGUCGCUCACCGAGCUCUCUGUCGCGCUAGACCAACACCUGGCGCUGCGCGCGGCGGGCGAGCUGCACUCGUCGACCCGCAAGCUCGGGGUCAUGUUUGCACUUGCAGUCAACUUGCUCCGAGUCCUCGAGUUUACAGCAUCGUACCUGCCGCAGCUGUUUGCGGAGGAGGCAUGCGGCGAAGUCGCGCCGCCGGCGGGCCUCGCGCCGCCCGAAGUCAACAUGAUGCGGAUGAUCGAAGUCGUGGCCGUGGUUCUCGCCCAGUACACAACUGGGCCAGACGCGCGGCUGUUCGCCGACGUGCAGAUGCAACUUGAACGGCCGGGCGCCGAGCCGAUCAUGCCGCAGACGGACAUGCUCAAGGCGGUGGCGGGCAUCCUCGUUGCGCUCGACCGCCCGAUGGUGGCGGCUGGCAACACGCGCGGCGUUGUGGACGCACUUUUGCUCUCGGCCUCGUUUGAGGUCGGCUCGCUCGAGUUUGUGACCGACGCGCUUGCAGCUGCGCCGGAUGUCGAUGCACUGGCCGAUCUUACCUCACGGGUGACGGCGGCGGCUGGGUCGCGGAGCCAGCUCCUGGCCGGAGCGUCUGUCUCGCGGUCGCCGUCAGGCGACGUGUGCACCAUCUGCUACGCCUCGCUCAUCAACGCCACGUUUGAACCGUGCAAGCACCGGGCGUGCUACGGAUGCAUGACGCGGCAGCUCCUCAACGUUCACCGGUGCUUCUUCUGCAAUGCAGACGUGGCCACCGUCGUUCGCGACGGCAGCGCGUCGACGCCGCAGGACACCGAGGUAGUGGUCCUCGCGCACUCGGCGUCCAGCGAGAUUCUCUGACGCGCCAAAAUGAACAACUCAGCUCAUCUUGG